CUCAAUACCAACAAUGGUGUCUGCUUUUCUGGAUGUGCACCUUUGCCUCAGUUUGGGCAAUAAAGGGAGUUUCAGGCUUUGCAGGAGAUCAGAGGCUGGUAUAUCCCAGGAUGGGAUCACUGAUCAACAGUCACCAAGGAGGCUCAUAGGUUGGCGACCCUCACAGCACCUGGGAAGACAUCUGGCUAAGGAAACGCAUACCUUAGAUCAAGGGAAGAAGAAAGCCAGCAUGAGCCUGAUAGAAAACUGUCGAUCUGUCACAAAGGAUGAUAUAGUUAUUCCUGAUUCCUCGGCAGUCCAACAACAUAAGCUCCCUCCUCUGGUUAGUGCAUUGAAAGCUUCAGCAGAAGAAAAUGCAGCCAGUUUUCACUUCCCUGGUCACAACAGAGGGCGAGCUGCACCAUCGUCAUUGACUCAGCUUAUUGGUGUAAGACCUUUCCUUCAUGACUUACCUGAGCUUCCAGAACUUGACAACCUCUUUGCUCCAGAGGGGCCCAUUUUAGAUGCACAAAAAGAAGCUGCUAAGCUGUUUGGAGCAUUUGAGACAUGGUUCCUAGUUGGGGGUAGUACAUGUGGAAUCCAUGCUGCCGUCAUGGCUACAUGUUCACCAGGAGAAACUCUUAUUCUCCCUCGGAAUUGCCAUAUAUCAGCCACAUCCGCCAUGGUAUUGUCUGGCGCACUACCAAAGUACAUUAGCCCUGCGUAUAAUUUUGAUUGGGACAUUGCUGGUGGCAUCACUCCAUCUCAGGUAGAGAAGGCAAUCAAGGAAUUGGAAAUGGAAGGUCAAAAAGCAGCUGCAGUUUUCGUCACUUCCCCUACUUACCAUGGUAUCUGCAGCGAUGUGGGUUCGAUUUCUCAGCUCUGUCAUUCUCAUGAAAUUCCCGUAAUUGUUGAUGAGGCUCAUGGGGCACACUUAGGAUUCCAUCCACAGCUGCCUAGGUCAGCUCUCCAUCAAGGGGCUGAUCUUGCUGUGCAGUCUACUCACAAAGUUCUGUGCUCUCUUACACAGUCAUCGAUGUUGCAUGUGUCUGGAAAUCUUGUUGAUAGAGAAAGAAUUUGUAGAUGUCUGCAAAACCUUCAAAGCACGAGCCCUAGUUAUCUGCUUUUAGCAUCAUUGGAUGCCACAAGGGCCCAAAUAAGUGAAAACCCAAAAAAUAUUUUUAACAAAGCAAUUGAAUUGGCUGUUGAGGUAAAAACUAGGAUCAACAAAAUUCGUGAACUUUCAGUCCUCGAUUUACCAAGUUUUUCUGAUUUUCCAGCAAUUGAUCCUCUGCGAAUUACUAUUGGUGUAUGGCAGCUUGGUCUUUCUGGUUUUGAAGCUGAUGAGAUCUUAUACAGGAAAUAUGGGGUCGUUUCAGAACUUACUGGUACCCGAUCUAUUACGUUUGCUUUUAACCUUGGAACCUGUAGAGAGCAUGUUGAUAGGCUUAUAUCAGGACUAGAACAUUUACCAGAAACUUUCUUACCAAUUCAACGCAUUGAAGAUAGGGUAGAUGAUGGUUGUGGUGCACCCUUUGAUGGAAUUACCAUGAGCCUGAGUCCUAGAGACGCCUUCUUUGCAAGUAAGAGAAAAGUGAGUGUCAAAGACAGCCUUGGAAAAACUUGUGGAGAGCUUAUAUGUCCAUACCCACCCGGUAUACCUUUGUUGAUCCCUGGUGAGGUUAUCACAGAGAGAGCAAUGGCAUACUUGCUGCAAGUUAGAAGUAAGGGCAUUGUUGUUAGUGGAGCAGCUGAUCCCUCUCUCUCCACUAUAGUUGUAUGCAAACCCUGAGCAAAUUUCAGCUCUCUAAGCACCAGCGGCUGAUAUGGGAAGCCAAGUUUACAUUAUCGAAAAUCCUGGUAUGAUUUCUGGUAUUGGAGGAGAUGAGCCAUUGUUCUACCAACAUACCACA